AUGAGUUAGAUUAAAAAAAUAGCAGAUAAGCAAAUCAAAGUAUAAAAGCCAGAUGCAAAUCUCUCCACUUUCGGUUUUCUCUUUAGCUCUAUAAUUUAAUAUCAUUCAUCUAAAAAGCGUAAUGUUGAAGAUGAAUUGAAAAGUAUGGGUGAAGGUAUUGGAGUAAGAUUGCUUGAAUUAAUUUAUUUCAGAAACAAUAAACUUAAAAAAGAAACAAAACAUUUAGACAUGAUUUAAUUCAUUGCAAAUACAGUAUGGAAAACAUUAUUUGGCAAGAACGCUGAUGGUAUAUUCCCAGAGGAUGGUGUUAAAUAUGGGUAUUUAAUCAGAGAUGAUAAUCCUACAGUUUUAAGAUAUAUUUCAGAAGUUUAAGGUUAAAAUGGAGCUGCUUUUGUUGCUGGAAUCAUAUAAGGAAUGCUUAAUCAUUCAGGAUUUGAAGCAGAAGUAGUGCAUGAUACUAUAUAUUAGGAUACUGAAAACAAUAGUGAAAUUUCCAUGUAUCCUGCAACGUAUUUUAGUAUUAAAUUUGCACCAUACGUAGUUGAAAGAGAAAAGUGA